UGCAACUUUUAUAUAGGUGAUUUUUGGUAUAUCAGCUUCUUUUGACGAGUUCCAAUGGCUGUUAAGAUUAAUGACUCAACUUUGAAAACACCCUGUUUAUGUUAAUGUUCCAAUAUUUAUUUCACAGGUUACAAUCAAAAUGUUUUGUCUCUGGUACAUUCGUCAGUUUGUGUUGAAACUAUGUAAGCCGUCUUCAGAAACAUGGAGGGCUGCACAAACUCAAACGUGGUUUCAAAUGAUGACUUUCCUGGGACUUCUAUUAGUUGGAGGAUUGUUGAGUUACAUGGUAUCCUAUGUUCCCUCUGCAGAUUGUGGACCUUUUAGAAAUUACACAUAUAUUUACGAGUUCCUGACUGAUGAAAUAUUGAGAUUAAAAAGCAAUAGCUUUGUGUUCCAAGCCGUACUAUAUGUAACCAAACCGAAUUCCAUUGCAUUGAUUCUUAUAGGUUUGUGUGCCUUGGUGUAUUAUCUAAGACAAAAGGCAAAUGCCCAAAGAGAAAUGGUUUCAGCAUAUAGGAAUAUGCUCAUGUGGGAAUCACGAGACAAGGAGUUUUUGUUGAAGAACAUCUCGUGUCUUACUGAAGGACAAUGGCAAUACAAUCUGGAAGGUAGACAUGUGGAUGUAGACCCAAUUAUUUCAUCACCAAGCAUACUUAAAUACUCCAGUUACAGAGGUCAUUUUAAUGAAGAUCUCAUAGAAUCAAAUCCGUCAGCUUCAUCCACAGUCAUCCCAAUGGCAUUCAAGGAAUUGAAAUAAUUGGGCCAAAGAAAUAUGCAAUAUUAGUCCACAUAUUUGUAUUUGUAGUGUUGACUGAAACUCUGUAAUAUUGUGAACUCUAUGUAUUUAUAUUCGUUCGUUUUCAUUUGAAAAUAAAUAUUAGUACAAUGAC